GGAUGAAGCUCUACUGUUAGCCACUCUGAAAGCCGUCGAGCCGAGAGUCGCUAUCAUAAACUUUUUUUUUCCUACGUCGAAAAGACUCGUCCCUACCCCGAAGACCACCCCACCAACUAAAAUAAUACGGUAAUACUCACGAAUAGCCAUGGCUCCUUCUUCUGUGCCAUGUUGUCUACCGGGAUUUAGCCCCGAAUCAAAGGGACCCAAACGGGUUGUGUCCAUGAGGUUGAGAACGACACCAGAGCGUAACAGCCAGCUGGUGUCUGCAUGGGAGAGAGGAAACCUCGAAGCCAUUCUCAAGACUGCAUGGACUGCCCUUCUUUAUCGCUACACAGAAUCCGAGGAUAUCUGUUUCGGUUACCAGCGCACCGGCGCAGAGGACUCGUUAUCGGGUUCACUGCAGUCGACAGGAAUUGCCAAUAUACCGGAGUUCAGACUUGCUGUAAACGAGGAUGACUCUCUCAAGGCGACUAUGAAGAAAGUGGAGGCCAUGGGAAAGCCCACUACGGUCCAGAGCCUGUGCCGUGACACGAGCGCAUGUUCUACCGGCUAUCUUCUCUUCAAUACCGUCCUGAUGGUGCGGGAAGCGUCCUCUACAGGACGGGCCCAGGCAAUCACUCUUCCCGAAGACUGUCGCGUCCGGGUUCAGGUGAAAAUUCUGUCGCAUGACAUUGGCAUCAUUCUGGAGUGGUGGAACGAUGACAUGUCUACCGAACAAAUGAGAAGUAUUGCGAAAUACUUUGAGCAACUACUGGACACUUUGAUCUCCGCACAAGAUGCCACCAUGGGCGGCGCGUUGGGCCAUAUCUCUGAGCAAGAUUGGGCGCGGUUGUGCGCGCUCAAUGCGAGCCCACCGCGACGUCUCGAUCAGUGUGUCCAUGAAGUCAUAGAGACACAAGCUGCUCUUAGACCCGACAAAGAGGCCGUGUGCGCCUGGGAUGGGGACCUGACGUACAGAGAGUUGGAUGAUUUGGCCUCUCGGGUGGCAUCUCUCCUCCAAGCACGAGGCGUUGGGCCAGAAGUUCGUGUGGGCCUUUGCUUGGAUAAAUCUAAAUGGAACGUGGUUGCAAUGCUAGCUGUGAUGAAGGCGGGGGGUGCCUUUGUCUCGCUCGACCCAACACACCCAAUUUCACGUUUGCAGUCUUUAGUACAGUCUGCGGAAGCAAAGAUCGUACUGUGCUCCAGAAAUCAUGUUGAGAAUCUGGAAAAUGUUGCAGAGAUGUUGAUGCCACUGGAUGACAGUGUCCUGGACGCGCCACAGGAAUCGCGCGGAAGAAAUGUCUCAUUGGCAAAAGUCCAGAGUAGCAACGCAGCCUAUAUAAUCUUCACUUCAGGAUCCACAGGACAGCCAAAGGGUGCAUUGCUCGAGCACGGAGCGUUCGUUUCGAGCGCUAUGGCCUGGGCCCCAAAGCUGCACAUCGAUUCGCGUUCCCGAAGCUUGCAAUUUGCGGCACACACGUUUGAUGCAUGCCUAGUUGAAAUUCUAACUACGCUAAUGCAAGGUGGAUGCGUCUGCGUGCCGAGUGAAGAGGAUCGUUUGAAUGACAUCGUGGAGGUCAUUAACGGCAUGAGAGUGAAUUUCGCUCUUUUGACCCCUUCUUUUGUUGAAUUUCUCGACUCGUCCGAGGUGCCAACCUUGGAGACGCUUGUGCUGGGUGGGGAGGCAAUGUCUCCGUCACAACUGAGCACAUGGUCAGUGCUGAACCUCGUCAAUGCGUACGGACCUACGGAAGGUGCCGUUGUGUCUGUGGUCAAUUCAAGCGUCACGCCAUCUUCAGACUGCAAGGAUAUUGGUCUCCCUGUUGGCGUCCGCGCCUGGAUAGUGCAUCCCGAUGAUCAUAACAAGCUCGUUCCUCUUGGCUGCCCCGGCGAGUUACUACUCGAGGGACCCACACUUGCUCGCUGUUAUAUCAACAAUGUGCAAAAGACGAAUGAAGCAUUUGUUCAUAGCCCAGAUUGGGCGACAAGAGACGGCGCUCGUCCGUCUAGCUGGAGAUUCUACAAGACUGGAGAUUUGGUAAGGUAUAACUCCGAUGCUGGCUCAUUAACGUAUAUAGGAAGAAAGGACACGCAAGUGAAGUUCCACGGCCAACGCAUUGAGCUGGGAGAAAUUGAGAAUCAAUUGAGCACAGAGGUAAAGGUCAAGCAUUGCCUGGUGCUUUUCCCUAAGUCUGGGUUUGCGCAAGGCAAGCUGGUGGCAGUGUUUACAUUGUCAGCGGAGUCCGACGAUCCAGACAAGAGAAAAGUGCCAUUGAAGCUUGUCGAUCCAUCGAUGAGGCUUGAAGCAGUUGCUGAGCUUCGCCAAAACUUGUCCGCUCGUUUGCCAACAUACAUGGUCCCUUCGGUGUGGUUUUGUAUCGAGGCCUUUCCCUUCCUCGCCUCCGGGAAGCUCGACAGGAAGUCAACCGCGAGCUGGGUGGCAGAAAUGGAAAACGACUCGGAAACCCCAUUCUUCGCAGCUGAUCUUGAAACAAGCGAAGUCGUUGCUGAAACCACGACCCCAGUGACGGAUCAACUAGCUUCCAUCUGGAGUCGCGUUCUGAACAUCCCACUAAGUCAAGUUGGCUUGGACAAGAGUUUCUUGAGUUUGGGCGGCGAUUCCAUUGCCGCACUGACAUGUAUCGGCUUUUGCAGGAAGCAGGGGAUUGGCCUCACAGUGCAAGAGGUGCUCCGCAGCAAGUCCGUCAGGGAACUAUCGACGCAUGCGAAAAAAUUCCACCAGGCAACUUCCUACCAAGAGCAGGUUGAUGAGCCCUUCGACCUCUCGCCAAUCCAGACACUCCAUUAUAUGGUACGCCAGGAACACCAAGGACACUUCAACCAGAGCAUUCUCACCCGCCUCAAUCAAAAGGUCGAUGUGCGUGAUUUGCGACGGGCUGUUGAGACCCUCAUCAGCCGUCAUUCCAUGCUGCGCGCUCGGUUGACCCCUGCCCACCAUAAAGGCGAUCUGCAACAAAUGAUUACUACCGAUAUUGCUGGUUCAUACAGCUUGCAAACGCACAAAAUUGUCCGCUUGGAUGACAGCAAGGAAUCGAUUGCUCGAAGCCAUUCAGCAAUAGAUGCUUCUGUCGGCCCAUUGUUCGCAGUCGAUUUGUUCCACGUUAGUGGAGAUAACUCCUACUUGUCUCUUGUUGCUCACCAUUUGGUGGUUGACAUCGUUUCGUGGAGAAUUAUACUGGAGGAUCUGGAGGAUCUCAUAAUGAAUCCUCACCAGUCCGAAUCCGAAAACUGUUCUCUCCCAUUCCAAACUUGGUGUCGCCUACAAAACGAGCAGUGUCGGGCAGCCUUGUCCGAAGGAAAGAACAUUGAUGUUAUUCCGGCCCUUGAUCUUGGUUACUGGGGAGUGAAGAACAGACUCCUGACAUACGGGGAUGUCGACUGUGAGACUUUCGAAAUCGAUGCGGGAACCACCAACUGCCUGCUAGUGGAUUGCCACCAAAAUCUUCAGACCGAGCCUGUCGACAUUUUUCUAGCCGCGCUUCUCCAUUCGUUUGGUCAAAGCUUUCGAGACAGGCCUACACCCGUGAUUCAUAAUGAAGGCCACGGUAGAGAGGCAUGGGAUGCCACGAUCGACAUCUCGCGAACAAUUGGUUGGUUCACCGUUCUACAACCGAUCAUGACGUCUGAAUACGUCGGGGACGAUCCGAUAGAUUCAGUCAUACGUGUGAAGGACCUCCGUCGACGUGUAGCAGAUCACGGCCGACACGACUUCGCGUGCCGUAUGCUCCAGGGAAAAGACGACCUGAAAAUUCGACACCAUUGCCCUAUGGAGAUCUUGUUCAACUAUGUCGGCCAGCACCGCGAUCUUCAAAGACAUGACGGUGUAUUCCAACUCAUGAGCCAAAUGGCCGGAGAGUCGGGCAAAGGCGAUCCGGCAGCUGACUUCGGGGAAGAUACUCCGCGAUUUGCGCUUUUUGAAAUUUCCGCCAUGGCCGUCCAAGGGAGACUUCGUUUUAUCUUUACCUUCAACAGAUACAUGAACCAUCAGGGAAAGAUAAGGGAUUGGAUAUCAAACUGUCGCCGGCUGCUCAUGCAUCUCGGGCCAAAAUUACGCUCUCUCGCACCGAGACCUACUUUGAGCAGCUUUCCUAUGCUAUCCCUCAACUACGAGGAGCUUGAGGAAAUAGUGUCGAAAAAGCUACCUAGAGUUGGGAUCCAAUCUCCAGAGCUUAUCGAGGAUAUUUACCCCUGCUCUCGAAUGCAGCAAGGCAUUCUACUCGGCUACUCCCGAGAUAACUCCCUAUACGCCGUCAACGCCACAUUCGAAGUGACGAGCUCCGCCAUGCCAGUUGACGUUGACAAGCUUGCUCGUGCCUGGAAACAAAUUGUUUCUUACCAUGCGAUGCUGCGAUCGGUGUUCGUGGAGAACCUGACCACCCGCGAAUUGUUCUUCCAAGUUGUCCUGAAGACAUUCGACUCGCGCCCUUCUUAUGUCAGGUGCACGGACGAUAGUGAUGUGCUAGAAACCCUGGACAAGCAGAACACUGCGAAAUAUGCCGCGAACCAGCCCCCUCACCGAUUUACUAUCUGCCAGACCGCCACUGGCAAGGUGUUUUUCCGGAUCGAACUGAGCCAUGCAUCGAUGGACGGAGCAUCCAUUCCAAUCAUACUCAAUGAUCUGCAGAGUGCAUACAACGGAAACCUUGACAAUGAUAAAGACCACAAACCAACCUUCAAGAAGUUCAUCCGCUAUUUGGAAGACACAAAGCGGGACUCUGGCAUCGACUAUUGGUUCUCUUAUCUGUCAAACAUCCAGCCUUGCCAUCUCCCCGUUCUGAAUGAUGGUCAAAUCUCCGAAAAAGAGCUUCGAACUUUCAAACUGAGCUUCAAAUCCUGUCGAGAACUCAAGAAGUCCUGUGAGAAUAAUGGGUUGACUUUGUCGACUGUAUUCAGAACUGCCUGGGGGCUGACGCUUCGUUCCUUCACCAACUCGGAUGACGUAUGUUUUGGCUACACAGCAUCCUUGAGAGACGUUCCCGUGGAUGAUGUAGACUCCAUUGUUGGCCCAGUAGUCAAUCUCUUGGCCUGCCGAAUGAAUGUGUCUGGGAAUACCCUCCUCCGAGAAGCCUUGUACGAAGUUCAAGACAACUAUAUGGAAAGCUUGCCAUACAGGCAUUGCUCGCUCAUCGAUAUCCAACACGCUUUGAAGCUCUCAGAUACUGCCUUGUUCAACACGACCAUAUCCUACCGGAGACUUCCAAGCGAGAAAGCUGAGCGCAAGAAUGGCAUACAAUUCCGAGAAACUUCGAAACAUGAUCCUGCAGAGUUCCCUGUCUUUGUCAACGUUGAAGUCUCUGAUACUGAUGCCGACAUUGAGAUGAAUUAUUGGACAGACACCAUAUCGGACGGUCAAGCUAUGAGUGUGGCUAGCACCUUUCUCAAGUCCCUCGAGAACAUCAUUCACUACCAAGACAAAGAGAUCGGCAAGAUAGAUGCUCUGAGUGACUCAGACAUACGGCAGGUAGCAGCAUGGAAUAGUCAUAUUCCACGACCUGCUGGUAAAUGUGUCCAAGAGAUUAUCCAAGAGAACACCAAUGCGCACGGACAUACUCUCGCAAUAUCCGCCGGUGAUGUGAAUUUGACCUAUUCCAAACUCCAUGCAAUGUCUACCAGCCUUGCAGCCUACUUGGAAAAACUCGGCGUGGGAGAGGGCGUUCUCGUACCGAUUGAUAUGGAGAAAUCUGCCUGGCAGGCUGUUACCAUUCUGGCUGUCUUCAAAGCAGGAGGAAUAAGUGUUCCAAUUCCCGACUCGCAGCCCCCAUAUUUCUCCAAGGAUUGGUUCAAGGACAACGAUAUUCAAGUUGUUCUCGCCUCCCCGCAAAAAGUUCAAGCCUAUGAAGGCGUGAUCCCCAAUGUUAUCCCUAUUGACGGACCUCUGUUCAAGUAUCUUCCUCGACACCACCGUCACUUCCAGCCCCGCUCGCUGCCUUCCCAUGAUGCCUACGUAAUCCUCACUACUGGGGGCUCUUCUAUCGCAAAGGCCGUAGUGCUCAAGCACAAUACGGUUCUCAUGCGAGCGGAGGCGCUCGCCUCAACUCUUGAUCUAAGCUCAGCGACGAGGAUGUUCCUGUUCUCUUCCUAUACAUUUGAUAUGUUCCUCCAGGAACUAUUCGGUACAUUGAUUCGCGGAGGCUGUGUAUGCUUUCCGUCGGAUAACGAUCCCGCGCAUCUACCAGUGAAUAUCAAUGUAUCAAAAGCGAAUACUCUCUGCCUCACACCUUCAGCUGCGUCUGUCAUUGACCCAUUCGAAAUCACCCAUGUUCAAAAGCUGGCUGUGUACGGUGAAUGCUUGCCCACAAAGGUUCGUGACAUAUGGUCGCCGAAAGUCCGACUUUACACCUUCUUUGGCGCAGCUGAAUGCUCCUCAACUUGCAUCUACGACUCAGACCCAGCAAAAGAGGUCUCGAAUUUUGUAUCCAAUGCUGCCUGUGGUGUAUGGCUCGUCAAUCCUUCGAACCACAACUAUCUUGUUCCCAUUGGAUGUAUUGGUGAGGUUGUGAUAGAAGGGCCAAUUCUGUCUGAGACCUAUCUCUUCAAUGAAGAUAAUGCCAAAUCGGGGCUGAUCAAGGACCCUACGUGGAGCCUAGACAUGGAAAGGCAGCGCCCUGGUAAAAGAAACGCCACCACGACCUCUUCGAAAUCAACGCGAUGGAUGUUCAAGACAGGAGAUUUGGCCCGAUUCAAUUCCGAUGGGACCCUGAUCUACCUCGGCAACAAGAACGGGAUGGUCAAGAUGCAGAGAGAAACCGUAUGCAUUGAGCAACGUGUCAACGGUUUCCUAUCGCCUGAUGCACAUUGUGCGGUGGAAUUGGUCGAGGUCUCUAGCAGACUGGAUACCACGGAACAUUUAAUUGUGUUUGUGCUGUCUGGUGCUUCCGUUGCCUCUGAGAUGGAUAAGCAUCAUCAAUUGAUCACCCAACCGUCGUCUGAAUUCCGCAAGCUCGUGGCAGAAAUGCACACUAAGGUAUCGAAGACGUUACCCGCGGACCAAACCCCACAGUUUUACUUACCAGUGCCCAAGAUGCCGCUUACAGCUUCGGGUAUACUGGACCGGGAAGCGCUACGAGAAGCAGUUCGAAACCUGUCAAGGACAGAUCAAACGGCACUGGAGACAUACGCACCCUCCAAAUUUUCGCAAAUCAAUAUUGUCAAUGGGGAUUUUGAGACAGAGAGUGUCAAAGAACAAUCUAUCUUCCAAAAGACAACAACCAAGAAGGCAACCAAGUCGGAAGAAAGCGUGGAAAAGACCCUCCGAAGCGUAUGGGAGGAAGCAUUGGGACUAGAACCAGGCUCCGUCAAUGCCGAAGACAGCUUCUUCAGACUGGGUGGCGACUCCGUUACUGCCAUGAAGAUUGUUGGGACUUUGUACUCACGCGGCAUUUCCCUUACUGUUGCCAGUAUCUACAAAUUUCCAGUCUUGAUGGAAAUGGCAGAUAAUUGCGAGCGCCUGAGUAGCGAUUCGGAUACGACGACCGCGGAGCAAUUUGACCUCUUGCCUACCUCGCUGGCCCGGGACGAGGUUGUGGAAGAGGUCGCCGAUCAAUGUGAGGUCGAGGAGGAUUCGAUAUACGAUGCGUACCCCUGCAGUGCCGUUCAAGAAGGGCUUAUCACGAUGUCUCUGAAGCAAAGAGGGGCCUAUCUCGCUCGGCCUGUAUUCCGGCUCACAGAAAAGGUCGACAUCCAGCAGUUCCAAUACGCCUGGCAGCAAGCUGUGAAUGAGUUGGAAAUUUUGAGGACCCGCAUCGUGCAUACAGACUCUUCCACGUUCGUUCAAGCUGUUUUAGACGAAGAGUUGAUUGAUUGGGACUUCAAAGCGACACUCGAGGAAGCCAUGGAUGAUGCAGUGAACUUACCAGAGCACAACGGGGGAAGGCUCACAGACUACACGAUUGUCAGCUCCGAAGCCUCGCGUGAACGAUACUUCAUCUGGACCAUCCAUCAUGCGCUUUACGAUGGUUGGAGCAUGGGUCUCGUUCUUAAACGAGUAGAGGAAAUCUAUUCGGGAUUUCCGGCUGAAGCCCCAGUGCUUCCAUACAAGCUUUUUGUUAAGCAUCUGCUGGAGCGAGAUAUCUCCGAGUCGGACAAUUUUUGGAAGUCCCAUCUCUCUGGUUUAUCCUGCUCUCCUUUCCCUAAGCCCAAGCCGUCCUCGUCGGACGCUGGCCGUGUGGGCAACAAGCACCGCUGCAGCAUGGCAAUCAUCAGAGGAUCCAAUCCUGUGGAUCUGAGUAUACCUGAGUUGAUACGUGCAGCUUGGGCUCUUGUUGUUUCCACCCAGUCAGGAUCUACUGAUGUUUGCUUUGGUGAAACAUUGACGGGACGAAAUAUCCAUCUGUCUGGUGUGACUAACGUGGUAGGCCCAGUCCUCACCACAGCACCCACGCGUAUCCAAGUCGAAAACGAUCUUCCGAUCGCUCAAUAUCUGGAAAAUGUACGGCAACUCACGACGUCGAUGAUCUCCCACCAGCAUUCUGGGCUCCAGCAAAUCAGAAAACUAAGCAAUGAUACAGCUCUUGCUUGCGAAUUCCAGAAUUUGCUCGCCAUUCAGAUUAGCGGGGACCAGUUUUAUGGAGAUUUGUGGUCGCCUGAAGAUUGCGAGACAAACGAGGACUUCCUCACACACCCGCUGGUAGUCGAGUGCGAGGUUGGUGACUCACAAUUGGAGAUCACGGCACAUCAUGACGAGACCAUCAUGAACAGCUGGCAGAUCAAGAACGUCAUGAACCAAUUCUGUUACGUUCUGAAGCAGUUCUUUUCACUCUCAAAGAGUGAAGAUCGAAGCGUGGGAUCUAUUGAAUUAUGCAGUCCUGCCGACAGAGACCAAAUCGCAACAUGGAACAAGCGAGAACUCUUCAAACUUGACAGAUGCAUCCACCAUGUUAUCGAAGAGAGAUACCUGGCCCAGCCUCAGUCACCGGCAAUUUGCGCCUGGGAUGGCCGGCUUUCCUAUCGGGAACUGUACCAACUCGCUACAACCUUCGCGACCUAUCUCAGCUCUCGUGGCGUUGGCCCCGAAACAAUGGUACCAGUGUGCCUGGACAAAUCCCUAUGGGCCGUGGUAACGAUAGUCGCCAUUUUGAUUUCCGGUGGAGCAUUCGUCCCGUUGGACCCUUCUCACCCAACUUCAAGACACAAAGAAAUCAUGGAGGAAGUGGACGCGCAAAUUGUGUGCUGUUCUCCACAGCACCAAGGUCGCUACUCGGGAUUCAUGCCAACAGUAAUCCCAGUCAGCAAAGAUACAAUCAAAGCCUAUAGCAGUCUCGUGUCCGGCAUGGAAGGUCGAAAGAGUGUUACCCCCUCUAACGUGGCGUACGCCAUUUUCACCUCGGGGAGCACUGGCCGGCCCAAGGGAAUUCUAAUUGAUCACCGAGCGAUAGUGAGCAGUAUUAUGGGUUUUGCGCCCAUUCUAAAUAUCAGCAAAAAGACGAGAGCCUUCCAUUUUGCGUCGCUUACGUUUGACGCGGCCAUCGUGGAGAUCUUCGCCACACUGAUGCUUGGUGGCUGUACGUGCAUUCCCAGUGAAGAAGAGCGCUUGAAUGAUGUCGCCGGUGCGAUUCGCCGAAUGAACGUUACGUGGUCGCUUUUGACUCCUUCCAUUGCCGAUAUCCUCGAACCGUCAACAGUUCCUACCCUGAAAGUGCUAGUGUGUGGUGGAGAAAAAUUGUCACAGGAAGUGGUCAAGAAGUGGGCUCACCGCGUGAAGCUGAUGAAUGCCUACGGCCCAACAGAGACGGCUAUAGUUGCAGUUAUGGACCCAGAUGUUUCACCAGACCAUGACGGUUCUCGCAUCGGUUUUGGAAUUCCGUCCACCUUGACGUGGGUGGUUGACCCUGAGAACCACGAUCGACUUACACCUUUAGGGGCUGUUGGCGAAUUGGCAAUGGAAGGACCAACCCUCGCUAGAGAAUAUCUCAAGAACCCCGAGAAGACAGCAGAGGCUUUUGUGUAUGAGCCAGCAUGGAUGAAACUCUUCCCCCGUUCUCUGCCUUCUCCGCGGAGGAUAUACAAAUCAGGAGACCUUGUCAGAUACAAUCACGACGGAUCCAUCGAGUACCUUGGCCGAAAAGAUUACCAAGUCAAACUGCAGGGCCAACGCAUGGAGCUCGGAGAGAUAGAGCGUCGCUUGCAAGCUGACCCCCGCAUCCAUCACGCUGUCGUCAUCUUGCCGAAGGCAGGGCCGCUCCAAAAACGGCUCGUUACCGUGCUCACUUUGAACUCGUUGCCGUCGAACAGAAGCUUGUCUCUAGAUGACACCUGUGAGCUUAUAGACCGAGAUAGCUUCGCAAAAACUGCGUUCCAUGAGCUGGUUGCGAUCCAGAAGAGCCUCGAAGCCCAGUUGCCAGUUUACAUGGUCCCGCAAACUUGGGCGGUCAUGAAGAAACUCCCAAUGCUCGUAUCUGGAAAGUUGAAUAGAAAGAGAGUCACAACUUGGCUUGAAUCUGCUGACGAUGCUACUCAUAAACGCAUUAUGGCAGACUAUGACGCUAUCAAGCGAGGCAACAUCGAGCCGAGAGAGGAGGAAGACCGUACAUCUACUGUUCAGUCGCUUCGAGACAUUUUCGCACAAGUUCUCAAUCUUCCCAAUGAGAAGGUCGACCUCAAUCGCUCAUUCGUCAGCAUGGGCGGUGAUAGCAUCAGCGGGAUUGGAGUCAUUUCCAAAGCUCGCAAGCUUGGGCUUGUUCUGACCCUUGACAAUGUGCUUCGAAGCAAAUCAAUCGAGGAGCUUGCUCGAUCAGCUGCUGCUAAGGCACUAGUUGCUCGAGUGAAAGAGAAGGCCGGCGAGUACUUUGCACUCUCGCCAAUUCAACGCCUGUACUUCCAAUCUGCGAGCUCUUACGAGGGCGCGAGUCGCUUCAACCAAAGUAUUACGGUCCAGAUUAACCGAGAUAUAAAGCCCGAGGUUGUACAGAAUGCCGUCCACGCUGUGGUCAAGCAGCACGUAAUGUUUAGGGCGCGGUUCAGCAAAGGGAAAGGUGGGCAGUGGCAACAGAGGACGAUGGAGAAUGUUGGGUCAUGCUACAAAUUCAGCGUGCAUUCGAUCGAUGACCCUAGUGAAAGGCUGCCUAUGAUUGCGAAAACCCAGAGUUCUCUCAACAUCCAAACCGGUCCUAUUUUUGUAGCAGACUUAUUCAAAAUCCGCGGCGGAAAGCAGAUUAUUUUCCUGGUUGCAAACCAUCUGGUCGUUGACGUUGUUUCCUGGCGGAUCGUCUUACAAGAUCUGCAAGAUUUCAUCGAGUCUGGAUCUCUCUCUCCAGAAAAGUCGCUGUCUUUCCAGGGCUGGUGUGACCUCCAAAAGGAACAUGUCAAGAAAGAGAACACGCAGCUCCCAUUUUCUGUGAAAACGCCGGACUUGAAGUACUGGGGAAUGGACAAUAGGCCAAAUGUUUAUGGCCAAACCAAGACGGAGAAUUUUACCCUCGGAGAGAAAGCCACUAACCUAAUUCUCGGAGGGUGUAACGACGUCCUUCGCACCGAGACAAUCGACCUAUUGCUUGCAGCUGUUGCUCACUCGUUCAAACGUGUGUUCACUGAUAGAAGGAGUCCGACGAUACACAACGAAGGUCAUGGUCGUGAACCUUGGGAUUCCAGUAUCGAUCUGUCGCGGACGGUUGGCUGGUUUACCACAUUGACACCGUUGCACGUGGAAGGGGGUCCAGAUAUUCUCCAUACUCUGAAGCGCGUGAAGGAUAUGAGGCGCAAAGUCGCGAGCGACAACCGCUACUACUUUGCUCAAAACCUUCUUCACUCCAAGAAACCAAACUUCCCCGCUCCGGUAGAGAUGAUGUUCAACUAUCUUGGUCAGCUACAGCAACUGGAAAGCAAAUCGUCUCUAUUCUCUCAAUAUGGAGACCUUCUUGACGUCCAACUCUCAGAAGGGUUCAGUGACAUAGGCCUGAAUACACCGCGAUUUGCGCUUCUAGAGGUAUCGGCCAUUGUUCUGAGUUCCAAGCUCCACAUGUCAUUCAGAUACAACACGAAUAUGCGACACCAGCAGAAGAUCCGAGACUGGGCAUACCAAUGCAAGCAGGUGUUUGAGGAAGACAUCCUCAAUCUCAAGGACUUCGUGCCAGAGCCCACACUCAGUGACUACCCUUUGCUAUCAAUCACUUACGACAGCCUGAAUAGAAUGAUGAAGAACACGCUUCCUAGAGUGGGUAUCCGAAGCUGGGAUGUGGUCGAAGACAUCUACCCAUGUACACCUGUCCAGGAGGGUAUCCUACUGAACCAGCUUCGGAAUCCACGUGGUUACAUGUUUAGUGGGAUUUACGAGGCGCAUAACCUCGGAGGCGGCGGCAAAAUAGACUCGAAGCGUCUCCGGAAAGCUUGGGCGAUGGUCGUUGCAAGACACCCUGUACUACGAACUUUGUUCAUUGAUGCUAGUUAUCGAGGCGGCUCAUUCGAUCAAGUGGUGGUCAAAGAUUUGGAUGAUGAUGUCUUUGAAAUCAAUUCGAGCGACUCGGACGCGUGUGACUUGCUCGAAAAGGUUGAUCACUUGAGCAUGAGCAAUAAGCGGCCUUUCAAAGUACCACAACAGCUGACUAUUUGCACAUCGUCCUCCGAAAGGGUUUGGAUCAAAGUGGAGGGUAGCAAUACCAUCAUCGACGGCGGAUCGAUUGAUAUACUUCUCAGAGAUUUGGCUCUUGCGUACAACAAUCAGCUUCCUGCAGGGCCGGGGCCACUAUUCAGCGAUUACAUCAAGCACAUCAAAAGUCGGACUGAAGAAGAGACUUUGAAGAACUGGACCAGAUAUUUGUCUGGAGUGCGUCCUUGCCACCUAUCAACUCCCUCCGAGACACGCAAAGAUCGCCAGCAGCGUUCGUUCAUGAUUGAUUUCAGCAGGUUCCACGAAUUGCACAGUUUCUGCGAGAAAAACUCAAUCACUAUGUCGAAUAUUACCCUAUCGGCUUGGGCCAUUGUCCUGCGGAGUUUUACCGAUUCCGACGACAUCUGCUUUGGUUACCCGUCUGCUGGGCGGGAUUCCUCAGUGCCCGGCAUACAAGAUGCGGUGGGAGUUUUCAUCAACAUGCUUUGCUGCAGAGUCAGAUUUGCCGCUGACCAGUCACUUCUCGAUAUUUCGAACUGCGUACAAGACGAUUACAUUCGGAACCUGCCACACCAGAACUGCUCGCUAGCUCAAAUUCAGCAUGAGAUCGGGCACCAGGGCCAGAUGCUGUUCGAUUCGGUUCUUUCGAUACAAAACCACACUUUCCAAAGAGGUUCCACCGAAGAAGGGAUAACGUUUGAGUAUAAAAAGGGGCAUGAUCCGAGCGAGUAUCCUGUAACUUUGAGUGUCGACAUCGCCAAGGGUCAUGAGAGGAUCUUGCUCAGAUACUGGACAGACACCGUAUCUGACGACCGAGCAAGACUUUUGGCUAACGCUGUUUGCAAGGUCUUUACAUCAUUUAUCGACAGGCCGUCUGAGAAAGUUUCAGACCUGGUAAUCAAGGGCGAGCUGUCGAGACCAUCUCUACCAUCCCAAACACAACUGUCAAGUGAACCUCAAGAUGGGGAUGGCUUAAUUGAGAACACUGUUAAUAGGGAGCUAUUGCAGAAUUUGAUCGACAACCGGGUGAAUAAGAUAAUCGGCCAUAUGAUUGAGGGAGGGAAGUUGGCUACACCAUCUGCGCAGAAUCAAAUGACAACACAGGCACAAGAUGGAAGCCCGGUCAAUACCAAGUUAAUCUCCAGGAAACAACACUCAUCGGAACCGACUCCAGCUCCCACAAAUGACAGUGAGGAUCCAAGCAACAGAGACCUUAACGAUGAGAAACUAGCCGAGCAGCAAGUCAGGGAGAUAACCCUCUCUCGGACGGUCUCGUCUGAGAAGAUGUCAGUCCUACGGCCAACAAAUCUUGACAAUGAUAUUUUGGAGGCAGGAAUUUGCCCCAAGAUUGGAGUCUUCAGAAGUGGCAUCGCCGGUAUCUUUCCUGUCACAGAUUUUCAAGCUUUCGCCAUAACCGGAAGCCUCUUCGAAUCAAGAUGGAUGCUGAACUACGUCUAUAUGGAUGGAAAGGGGCCACUGGACCUAAAGAGGCUGAGGGAAAGCUUUAUGAGGGUAGUCGACUCGUUCGAUAUACUUCGCACUACUUUCGUCUGUUUCUAUGGCCAAUUCUUCCAGGUGGUGCUCAAGAAACUUCGACCGGAAAUCUUUGUCAGGGAGACAGAGAAGAGCUUGGACGAGUAUACCGAAUUACUACGACAGAAGGACCGCGAAGAGAAAUCACGACAAGGCCAGCAAUAUUUGCAGUUCUAUGUAGUGAAGAAGAAGAAGUCGGAUGAACAUCGCAUUUUGAUGCGCUUGUCGCACGCUCAAUAUGACGGAAUGUGCAUGGGACGGAUCCUAUCUGCCAUCAAGACAGGAUACGAAGGCAGUCCCCUUCCUCCGGCUUCCACAUUUUCGAGCUAUAUGCGCUUACUUCCUGGGUCAAUCACGUCGGAACACUAUGAGUACUGGGCUACACUUCUCAAGGGAUCUCGUAUGACAGAAGUCAUUCGGAGAGAAAGGCCCAAUACUUUCAACUACAUGGGGGCUUUGACAGAACAGAAGAAAACAAUCGAAAUCAAGGCCAGCACCCUUGGAAAUGUUACAGUCGCAACAGCCAUGCAGGCGGCGUGGGCUAUGACACUGGCAAGAUUAUCCGCUUCAUCUGACGUGGUCUUCGGCCUCACAAUAAACGGCAGAAAUGCUACAGUCCCCGGUGUCGAUACGACCGUUGGCCCAUGUCUCAACUUAAUCCCUGUCCGAGUUAAUUUCCUACAGCGCUGGACUGGGCUUGACCUCUUCCGCUAUCUCCAGGACCAGCAAUUCGCUAACAUGCCUUACGAGUCGUUGGGAUUCAGGGAGAUUAUCCGACGCUGCACCGACUGGCCUGGUUCGACCUUUUUCAGUACUACAGUCUUCCACCAGAACCUCUCACUGGGAGAGCACAUGGAGCUGGAUGACAACAUCUACGACCUGGGCGGUGCUGGCGUUGACGACAAUCUCUCGGAUUUCCGUCUGGCCUCAACAUCCAACCAGGACAAGAUUGAUAUCUCCCUCGCCUACUCCCACAGUGGCCCUAUCACUUCCACUUUCGCCACCAAAGUUCUUGAUAUGGUCUGCGAGAAUGCACAGAACCUCAUCAACAACCCUAACGCCACCCUUCCAUCACCCAAUACACUCCGCUCCCUACCCAGCCAGAUCGUCUCCGACAAGGUCCAAAUCUCCGACGAGCAAUUCCUCACCGCGGAACUCAACAACCGCAGCAUCUCUGAGAUCCUCGUCCACAGUGACAUUCUCACCCGUAUCUGGAAGCAGGUACUCCCUCGCAAAGAUCGGUCCACGAGCCCGCAGUUCUACUUCCACUCCUCCUUCUUCGAGCUUGGCGGUGACAUCGUCAACAUGGGCCAGGUACUUUGGCUGCUUGAACAGGAGGGUCUCCACGUGCGCUUCGAGGAGCUCCUAGAACAUCCAACCUUCCUAGGCCAGAUGGGCGUUCUAGCGUUGAAUUACCCGAAAGAACAGAGCGCCAUGAUCGAAGACCAGCGCCCUGUCCAGCAAGUUACUACUGCAGAUGUGACGGGUAUUGUUAAAGGGGUGCCUGCUUCGGGACCUCUUGGCAAGGCUAUGACGUUGGCUAGGAGAUUUACCAAAUGGAGUACUGUUUCGAGUAAGGGGUGAGCUGGAUGGUGUCUUGAUCACUAUGCUUGGGAUGUUUUCUUUGCUUGAUACUUAUGCAUAUUUCAUUCUUUGACGAUUUAUACGUUCUUUUGUUCAUUACCUGUUAUGUACAGCUUCUGCAUGCUGUUUUCUGUUGUCUUUUCUAUCUCAAACUGUGCCGCACUGGAUGUUCUUUUGUACUUAGUUACCAACUGCAUAUCAAACAAGUUUAUUUUCUAAAACAUACAGUUAUACGUAC